CUCUCAGAACGAGGAUCAAGGCGUAAAGAGUGGAGCAGGUCUCCUCCUUUGGAUCCCCUUUACAACUGGAGCUUGUGGCACAACAGAUAACACCCUAAGAACUUGUGACUGAGAAGGCACCAUUCCGGAUCACUGGGCACUUUCUACAAGAGGACAUCAGGAGUUUUAGGUGACUCAGAUAACAGAAGACACAUACCUUCCCAAGGACACAGGCUGCCCUCUUCCCCCUCCGUGAAGGAGAGGUCUGCUCUCUAUUUGUCCCGUGCAGCUGCUGCUGCGGAUCACACCAGUGGUCUGCCAGAACUCAAUUUUAAACACGAAAUUGCUUUUAAUUCUCUCGAAUACCAGAAAGUAAAGAAGACAUGGCAGAGGCUCAGAACAACGUGUGUCCCAAAGCCAACAUCAAGAAGGUAGAUGAGAAUUUGCCACCUCAUCUGUCUCCUCCUCCUCAGGAUUCUGCUCCAGGUGCAGCUUCCGUUACUAGGAGUCAGGAUUCCAGUCCACUCCCCCUACCACCUCCAAAGGAAACCUUCUCUAAGUUCUACCAACAGCGUCAAGUCAAUGAGCUGAAGAGGCUUUACCGCCACAUGCAUCCUGAGCUCCGGAAAAAUCUGGAAGAGGCGGUGAAAGAGGAUCUGACAGAGAUGCUGAGCACCGAUGACCCUAAUGCCCAGGCCUCAAUGAGCCUAGAUGCAGUGCUUCCUGGAGAGGUUCAAUCCAUGCGCUGGAUCUUUGAGAACUGGACCCUAGACUCCAUUGGAGAACAUCAAGCUGCCAAGAAGCUCAAAGAGGAGGAAGCCAUCCCAAGUGGUGAUGUGAAAAACAGAUCCAUGAAAUUUGAAGGCCAACUGCCCAAUGGAGACAGGCCUUUGGCCAAAGGAUCUGAGACAGAGCAAACCAAAGGGGAUGUGCGUACGGCUCGAUGGCUUUUUGAAACUCAGCCGCUUGAUACUUUGAACAAAAUGUAUUUGGAUGAGGCCAAUUUGCAAGAGGCAGUCCUCAAAGAGCCUGUUCAGAAAGGAGAUGUGAAAGGUGCUGCCCAGCUAUUUGAAACUCAUUCUUUAGACGCUUUGGGCCGCUGCAGUUCAGUGGAGGAGCAGAGUAUUCUACAACUCAAGUCAGAAAUUCAAGAGCUCAAAGGUGACGUAAAGAAAACCAUCAAGCUCUUCCAAACAGAACCUCUGUGUGCUAUCCGAGACAAAAUGGGAAACAUCCAUGAGAUCAAAUCUGUCUGCAGAGAAGAAAUACAAAGCAACAUGGUCAAGACAGCUCGCUGGCUCUUUGAGACACAACCUCUUGAUACCAUCAACAAGGACACAUCCAAAGUGCAAGUCAUUCGGGGGAUCUCUCUAGAAGAGGCAGCAAAGGGAAACGUCAGUGGAGCAAAAUGGCUGUUCGAAACUCAACCUCUAGACGCCAUCAGAGAAAUUACUGUGGAAGAAGCUGAUUUCAAGGCCUCACCGGAUCUCAUCCAAGGUGCUGAUGUUAGUAAACAGUGCCAGAUUUUUGAGACUCACCCUCUUGACACGCUGAAAGGAGAAGCUUCUGAUAGCAUCCUGGCCAAAGAAGAAAUUGUCAAAGGGGAUGUGAAAUCAACUCUUUGGUUAUUUGAAACACAACCGAUGGAAACACUGAAGGAUAAUUUUGAAGUUGGGCAUUUAAAGAAAGUUGAACUUUCAGAUGAGGAGAAAGGAGCUGUGAAGCAAACAAAGCAUGUUUUUGAAACCUGCCCUUUGGGGAGCAUUGCUAAACCUCCAACUGGAGAUACAUCAGCCCCCAACAUUCAAGAGGUGGAGAAAGGUGAUGUGAAAGCCUUCAAGAGUCUCUUUGAGACCCUACCUUUAGAUAGCAUUAGGCAGGUGAGCAUAGAGGAAGAUGUCAAGGAAGGAGAGGAAAUACACCCAGAGAAUGUCAAAGCCCUGUUCAAGGUGACACCUUUGUAUGCCAUCAAAGAUAGCUUUGGAAAUUUCCACAAAGUCACAUCUGUGAGCAGAGAAGAAGAAGUAACAGGAGGAGAUGUUAAGAACUACAAGUGGAUGUUUGAAACCAAACCUCUGGAUCAAUUUGAUGACAAUUUCCAAAAGGUGGCCCUUGUUAGAGGGAUCACAAAGGAGGAAGUGGUGGCUGGAGAUGUGAAAACAGCCAAGUGGCUGUUUGAAACACAACCUAUAGAUGUCAUCCACAGCCAAAUGAACCCAGCAGAACAGCACAUCUCUGAGAAAAGCGAUGCUUCCCCAGGAGGAGAUGUGAAGACUUGCAGGUGGUUGUUUGAGACACAUCCAAUGGACACCCUGUAUGAGAAGGAGGGGAAGAAGCAGGACAGAGAAGAACUUGUUCCACAAGGUGAUGUUAAGUCAUGCACAUGGAUGUUUGAAACACGGCCUUUGGAUUCUUUGAAAGGCCAGGAAGAACAAUACCUGCAGGUCAGCAAAACUUACUGCCAGGAUGAAUUAGAAGGAGUAGAUGUGAAAACUGUCAGGCACCUUUUUGAGACAGAACCCUUGAUCAAUGAUACUAUAAAAGGAAAUGAAGCCAAAAAGAUAGUCAGGUACUCUAGCCGUGUGGAGAUGCAGUCUGGAGAAGUGUCUAGGGUGAAGGAGUUCUUUGAAGCCAAACCUUUGGAUUCAGCUCAUAAACCAAGCAUGGACAAGAAGGACACUGAUAUCCCAGCAAGUGGGAACAUUGAACAAGGGGCAGUGCACAAGUUUACCUGGCUCUUUGAAAACUGCCCUAUGGAUACCCUGAAAAGCAGCAUGGAGGGUAUUCAAGAGGUGGCCCCCCAAAAGGACAUCCAGGGUGGAGAUGUUGGGGGCAAAAGAUUUGUUUAUGAAACCUACUCCUUAGAUCAGAUCCAUAACCAAGAGAAUGAGAUGCAAAUCAAGAAGAUCCAGGAAGACACAAUGAAUAAAGCUGACAUCAAGUCCUGCACCAUGCUGUUCGAAACCCGUCCCCUGUAUGCUAUCCAAGACAAAGAGGGAGGAUACCAUGAAGUCACCUCUGUGAAGAAGGAAGAGAUCAUGAAAGGUGAUGUGAAGGGUGCCCGGUGGCAGUUUGAGACCAAACCUUUGGAUCAAAUAAAGAAAGACGAGGAGGUGUUUGUGAUCAGGGCUGUCACCCAGGAAGACUUCAAGAAGGGCGAUGUCCAAGCGGCCAGGUGGAGGUUUGAAACAGAGCCUCUAGAUUCCAUUGCUGUAGAAAAAAGGCCUGUCUUGAGGACCAUCAAUGAUGUGCAGAAGGGAGAUGUCCAAUCUAACAAGCAACUCUUUGAGUCUGAGCAACUGAGUCAAAAGAGGUACGUGAGGAUGGUCAGUGUCAGUGAUGUUCAACAAGGAGAUGUUAGGACAUCCACCUGGCUUUUUGAAAACCAGCCUAUUGACUCCCUGAAAGGAGAAUCAGACAUCACUCCCAGCCUGUGCACAGUACAAAGGGAGGAUAUCCAUAAAGGGGAUGUGAAACGCUGCACUUGGCUCUUCGAGACUCAACCCAUGGACAGCCUGAAAGACACAGAGGCCUCUGAAGGUACUGAGCCCCUCCAGGUGGUUCAUCAGGCUGAUGUAAAGAGCACAACGUGGUUGUUUGAAAGUACCCCUCUGGAUAAGCUGAGCACGUCUCAACACUCUUCUGAAAAGGAAGAAAGAGAGAGAACUGUCACAUACACUCUGGACGUCCUCUCCUCUCAUCAAGUGAUCCGACAUGAUGGCCUCCUUAUCGAAGCCAAUGACAAUGAGAGUGUCACAAUGGCAAAAUAUAAUCUUGGUGUUCAAGGAAGCCCUGAAAUCCAAAAGGAAGAAGUCAUGAGAGGCAACUGGCAAAAAAUCUUGGUGCAGCUACUUCAGAGGAGCAACGUGGAGGCCUGUGGGGAGCUGGUGCAGGAAGAAGAGAAUGGGAAUGUCCGAGUCAGCCCAGUGCAGUUGCUGGACCCUAGCAAGGUUGAGAAAAGCAGAGAGGACCUAAAGGAUGAUGUGGCAAAGACUCUCCAAGAACUUCUCAAUCAAGACACCUCAAUCAAGAAAGGAAUUCUGAUGCAGGAGACAGAGACAGGGUCAGCCAAGAUAACCAUCUAUUCCCUCCUUCAUCAUGUUGCUCAAGAACACAGACUGCUUAAGGGAGACGUGAAGUCAACCAUUGGGAAUCUGCUGGCUUCUUCCCAAGACAACAAGGCGACAGCUACCAUCCAACGAGAAGAGAAUGAGAAAGGCAAUGUCCAGUUGUACACCAGCUGCAUCGAGAAGGGAGAUCUCGACUACUUAAAGAAUCUCCAAAGGGAAUCAGAGAUAGAGUCCCUUGCUUCCUCCCAAGCAAAAGAGGAGCUGAUGGAAACUGUGCAAGAGGCCAAGGUACCUGCCCAGCUACUAGAGGGAAAAGCAGUAACCAAAACAGCAGAUGUGAUAUUGGGGGAUAUCAAUGGGGCUAAGCAAGCGUUCUUGUGUAAGAGCAAAGAGGGGGCUUUAGGAAGGGAGACACUGCAUGCAAGUGAGCUAGGUUCUGCUGAGCAUUGUCUUGUGCAAUCUCCAACCCCAAUGAUAAGGAAGGAAAAUCAAGUUCCUGGGCAUGUUAAAUUGCCUAUCCAGCCCAUGCAAAAUGGUAGCAACAGAGUAGUGAGAGAAGAGAAAAUAAUCCAGGGAGAGAGAAAAGAGGGAGCAGCCACUACCAAGGUAACAGAGCAGAAGGAUGUUGCAGGUGUGGCUAUCCACUGUUCCCCAGUAGGGCCAGUCACCCAGAUGGCAACACAGCCCCAGACACAAGUUCUUGGCAGUGAUCUUCAAGCAGCCAUGCAGAAUCUCAGACUCGCCACCGCAGAAGCUCAAAGCCUUCAGCACCAAUUCCAGAGCAAGCUUCAGAAAACAACAGAAGAUACUCAGCAGUCCACCACCCAGAUAGGCACCAUGCAGGCAGCAGGACCGAGUAAGGGCUGUGUAGCCACCAGCCAAGAACAAGCCACCAAUGCCACCUUCCUCAGAGCACAGGAGACAUCCAGGUCCCUUGCAAGUGUGCCUCAGAAGAGAACAGUGUCACCCACAAAGGUCAGUGCUUCUGAGGAAGUGCAGGGAUGGGCUCUGCCAUUUGCAGCCUGCCAGGAUGGUCCAGUUGGGCCUAGUGCAGACCUUAGUAUUAAGGAUGGCCUUUAUACUGCCAAGCCAGUCAAGCCCUAUGUAAAUCCAUUUAUUGAGUCUGAUUACAAAGAGCACUCCGUUCCAGAAGAACAGGAGCGAGAGGCUAUAAUCAGAGGGGAUGUACAGACAGCUAUCAGAGCCCUGCAGAGUGCUGCAGCAGAACAGAGGCAAGUAGACAAAGAGGAUGUUGUCCGUGGCAACUUAAGAGCCGCGCUUGAGUCCCUGGAAAAGUCUAACGUUAAUGUCUCCAAAGGAGAUUUUAAAGCAGCUAUGAUAUACAGGAAUGCAGGGCAGUCCUAUUCCAUUUGUAAAAAGAAAAAUGAGACUCAGACUCUUAGUAACCAGGCAGCUGAUAUAGUAGCUUCAGGCUCACAAGCUGUUAAUGACUUUCCUCCUCCUCCUCCAGCUUCAGUGAUGGGAAUCGAAUGCCACUCAACCAAAGAGAGAGAAGCGGAGAUUCUGGGGCAUUCCUCACUUGCACAACCACACGUUCCUAAGACUCUCUCUGCAGCCCCUGCCAAACCAAGUGACCAGAGGCCUUUAGAGAAGCCACAACUACCCCCCAAGCCAGAAGUGAUUUCCCCACCAAGGAGAAAACCAGUCCCACCUCCAAAACCAGAGUUCCUUUUGAAGGAAUCACUUCCCCACCCUGCUGGCUACAUGAAAGGAAUGCCAGCAGCCCAGCUUUCCUCUCCCAAAUCUCCAACUCAGGUUGAGCAAAACAAACCAAAAAUGUCACCCAUCCUGAACCAUGCAAAGACAGCUUGUGAGGCCAAGAUAUGGGAGCCAUCCGCAUACCAACAACAUUUGUCAGCCAGUCCUGUGCUUCCAUCAUCUAUGUCUACUGCAGUUGAGGACGUAAGCUCUGAGAAAAGAGCUAGAAGAGAUAUUGUCAAGACUCCUUUGCAAGUGGCAGAAGAAAGGUAUAAGGCAAAGAUAGAAGAGCGGAGCAAAGUGAAAUUGGGUGACCACAUGCUUUCAGCAGAGGCAGUAAAAAGUGGACCAGAUGACUGUGAAGGAGGGAGCUGCUAUCAGACAAAGGAGACAGAAGGAUUGCUCAAGUCUUGCCAACCAGAAACUGAAGGUGCCAUAACCUGUAGGCAAGAUUCUCCAUUGUCUCUUGGAUUCCAAACAGAUCUCACUAACCUUGAUGGCCAAAGGAAGCCAUAUAUCUCUGCCAAAUGCCAUGCUAAUAUUCUGAGGAAAGGAGCAAUCAUGACACACAACACAUCUUCAAAGACAGAUGGUAUAGAUGCAUCUGGAGCCUCUGGUUCCAAUGCUUACCAAACAACAAGCCCAAGAACAGAGAUAAUGGAACCUGCCUUUCCAGCAUCUUCACCUUUACAAUUAAAGCCUUUCUUUGAAGAACCACAGUUUGUGCACAGCAAAGGAUUAAGAGAGCCAGAAAGGAAGACUGAACAAAACACAGAGGAGGAAAAGCCCGUGGUGAUCAUGCGGGGGAAGCUUUGCAGAGAAACUGAAGAUGAACGUCGCAAGAGACUGUCUGUUCACAAGGAGGAGAUCAUGAAAGGCAACGUUAAAGAAGCCAUGGAGAUAUUUGAGAACCUGCGAAGGCAAGAGGCACUUCAGGAAAUUUUAACCCGAGUGAAGGAGUUUGAGGAGGAAACCUCCAAGGUGGAUGUGAAAACCUUGAGAAACGUCUUUGAGAACGUCCCUGACUGGAUGGUGUAUCAGAAGACUCACCAAACUAAAAAGUCCACAAUAGAGAAGGCUGAGCAAAUGAAAGAAGUCAAGGAAGAUGCUGAUAGUGUUUCCUCUGUGGAGUUAGCUUUUGAAGAUCUGGAGAGAGCAAGCGCUGAGAUCAUUCAUUUAAAGGAACAGACCCUAAGCAGACUCAUGGACAUUGAAGAGGCCAUCAGGAAAGCUCUGUGUUCCAUUUCAAGCCUGAAAUCUGAAUCUGACAUUGCUGGACUUUCUGGACUUCUCAAAGAGUCUCUUGGAAGUUCUCAGAGCCUUGCAGCUGGGAACAACAUUCGUAAGAUCAGUAUUGUGUCCAGCAAAGCCAAACAGGACAGGGGGACACAGAACUCAGGCUGGGAUAGUGAAAAGGUUGUAGAAAGGCAGGAGGUACCAAAGAUGGAGCUCGAGGUUCCUCACAUCAUUCAGCCCCGAGCAAGUUCACCUUCUUCUCCUUCCUACAUCUCUAUUCAGUCUGCUGCACGGAAAAGUGGAGAGUCACCCCAAAUGGCACGGUCCCCCUCAUCAAAUUAUACUGAAAUGGCAAUGGGAAAGGAAGUGUCCGCCGAGGACAUUUUUAGCUCCUUGCCACGUAAGUCAGUGAGGUCUGACGGCUGCAAUUUGACUUUCUCUGAAGGUGAGCAAGCCUCUGUCCAGAUGCAGAAAGGAGCAGGUUUGAUUAAGCAACAGCGUCUCAGCAGCCCUGAGCUUCUCCAUCAUCACAUUAGUACCAAUGGUGAUAAGGAACUGAAUGCAUCCCAAAAUGUGAUCCAAGGAGUAGGUUCUGAGUAUGCAUCUAAAUCUUCCUUGUGUGCUUUAAGCCCAUCAAAUCCAAGGAGGCAGAAAAGCAUCCUAGAACUUCAGACUAGCCAUGAUGGGUCGAAGCUCUUUGGGGCUACUAGAACUGUGACGGAGCAAUAUGAGGAGGUGGACGAGUUUGGGAACAAGAUUAUCACAUCUUCCACCACUGUUACCAAACAGUCAGAGACACAGACGUCUUCCACGUGCGACAUGGUUUCGUGUCCUACAAGAUAUGAGGUGACGGCUUCUCCAGUUCUUCGAAGAUACCUGAACAGCCCAGCUGACUUUCCUUCAAAUGGGGGCCACCAAGAAGCAGGGGUGGUAUUUGUCACUUUUAGCAAUUCCAAACCUGCAAAGAAAUAGAGUUUUGUCACUUUUAGCUACUCCAAGCCAGCAAAGCUUUUCCAAGUGGAGGAUAACAAUAAGGGUCAAGUGCUACUAACUAGUUAACCCAGAGGACUCCACUUUAAACCAGUUUAAGAUGACUGGUUUUGAGAUUAACUCAGCUGAAUUAAACUCAUUGCAUUCAUUCAAGAUUAAGCAAUUUGUGGACUUUAUUAAAACAUGUGCAUACACAUUAGGAAAACCUCUAAGCCUUGGAAAACUUUUGGAAUGAGUCUUUGUGUUUGAAGAUAACCUAUUUAGCCUGUGUUUGGAACCGGUUCUUGAAGAAAAGACCACCAGCUUGUCAUUACAAUAUAAAUCUGGAUUUCAGGUCCAAUGCUUGAAAGAAAAGGAAAAGGAUUGUAGAAGAUACUUUUUUAAGAGUGUUUUUAGUAUUUAGAAGAAUUGCCUUGUUAUAUCAGGCCAAGAUUCACUAUUUUGUUUCCAGCUAUAAUGGACCAUCAGAUGUUCCAAAUGCAAGCCAAAGAGAUUUGGACUAGAUACAACCAAAGAACUAGUGAUUUAAUAGUUUGAGGAAUACACGCAUGGCAGGGGGUUGGACUGGAUGGCCCUUGCGGUCUCUUCCAACUCUACGAAUCUAUGAUUCUAUGUCUUCUACCUUUUCCUCUUCUUGAACUUCCCAACCUGUUUCUCUCUCCUCUUACCACUCACCAUGUUGUAUGUCCUCAAAAAACAUACAAAUGCCUUCCCUCAUCAUCACAGAUAAAGCAACAGCAUGGGUUUGGAGUAGUUGUUUUCUUAGUUUUCAACACCUCUCUACUUUUUUACAUUUUUAGCAAACCAAGAUUAUUCAGUAGUGUCCAUGUUUAGCAAGAGGUACACACAUUUGUAAUGAAGUGCAUAAAUCAGAAUUGGAAGAAUCUUCAUCAUUUCCCUUCCCACUAAUGGGAAAGUAGGGGAGAUAUUCUAGUUAAAAUAAGCAUCUUCUAUAAAAUAUAUAUUGAUGAUUAUAGCUUUCCUCUCUUUUUUAAAUUUUAGAACUGUAAUUUAUUAUUCAUUGUUAACAUGUCUUUUAGGCUAGCUUUCUCACCUGUCCAUUGUUUCAACUGACUAUAAAAACAUGUAAAACAGUUUUAUUAAUGAUGAAUUUUUUGUACGUUCUCAAGUGAUGGUUUUAGAUAUUUUGUAGGUACUGUGUUUGUUUUUUUUAUUUGCAUUCUGAAGAUAAAUUUGACUUCUGAACAAUA